UUCUUUUCCUUUGCCUCCCUCCCUCCUUAUUGUUCCACCUUCCUACUCCCCUUCUACCCUCCUUUUGCCCCACCAGCUCCCCUCUGCCCCCUCCCUGUCUUCCCCCUUUCCUCCCCCUGCCCCACCCAGCAGUGUUUGCUUUUCUCCCGGAUACGGAUGAAGGGGUUGCCCUGCCCGUGCCCUGCUCUGCCCCACUUCUGGCAGCUAGGGUCUCUCUUCAUGGCUGAAGGCUCCGGGUCUCAGGCCCCAGGGAAAGGGCCCCCCCUCAGCAUCCAGCUCCUGCGGGCUCAGUACGAAGGCUUGAGGAGGCAGCAGAAGACCCAGGCCCAUCUGGUGGUGUUCCCAACAGGAAGAAAUGCAUCCGCUCCUGCUGAAUCCAUGAUUAGCGCUGUCUGGAUUAACAAGGAGAGAAGGAGCUCGCCGUCUCCAGAACAGGCCGACCCUGAAGGGGAGGACAUGCUGGAGGAGGCUGACAGAGGCUGUGUUCAGGCCCCCGAGUCUCCAUGGCACACACACCUAGAGAUGUACCGUGUAGUCCAGACCUUCCACCAGGAACCCAAUCAUCAAGAAAAGCACAAGAGCAAGCCUGUGGGGUCCGGUCAAAGGCUCCCUCCAGAAGGAGACUCACACUUGUUUGAAAAGAAUCAGAUGACUCCCCCAGGAGCCAAAAUCCCAGAGGCGGCCCAGCUGCAAUGUCAGGUGAGCCACGUCCAAGCAGAGGCAGUGGAAUCUGGCUUUAAAAACAGCGUUCAGUGUCCUCCUUCCAUAAAGAACCCACACAGGUCUGGGAAACUGGCUCACUAUCCAUUUCCACAGAGGAAAACUCCCAGGAUCUCCCAGACUGCCCGGAACCUGGGUUUAUAUGGCCCAGCCUGAAGUUUUCUACCCAGCCAGUUGUCUCAGCCUGGAGGCCAUCCAUGGCCUCGUCAAAGAACCAAGAAGUCAGGGUCACAACUAGAGCCUCACUAUGAACAAGAACUGGACUAACCCAAUCAGUGGAAUUGUGGAAUAUGAACUUCAUGGUAGGAACAGAAUCUUGUCCUUCAAAAACAGAGCGACCGCUCAGACUAGAUUGAAAGAAUACGGUCUGAUCAAUUUAGCCUCAUUCUGCUUACGUAAGAAGGCAUUGCUAUGGAGUCUUGGAUGCCCAUCCCUUGGGAAGGUUCAGUAGGGCAUUUGUUCCAUCCCUGGAACGGUAAAAUCUUGGAAUACAGAGCUGGGGCUCUAACCAAUAGACCUUAGCAAUACCCAGGGGUCAGUGAGAGUCAGCAAUUUUGUUUUCCAUGUUUUCUGAUACAUCACAUAUUCUAGAGGAGAGGAGCGCUGAGAAUUCAAAACCGUUUUCUCGUUACUAUAACUGGGGGCCAUCUUAUUUGGAAGUCAUGACAUUCACAGACGUGACGACACCAUCUCAGAUGGAGCUCCCAAAGUAUGGUCACCCUGGGCACACAGGCUCAGAUCAAGGCCACCCACCAUUUUGUUGUUUAAGGAAACAGCUCGCCAUCUGUCGCCUGAAACGGCACCUUCUAGCCACUUCCUCCUUCCCUUUCUUACCUUCGCCCUCCCUUUUACCUUUCUUCGUUCUUUCUCUGCAAAUUAACUUCUUACUAAAAACUAGCAAUCAUCAGAGGUAUAUAGUGAGGGACUCCCCAGUAAAAAGAGACAAAUAAAUACUCCUGCUUGGAAAAUAAGCAUUUCUCACAGCCUCCCCCUUUCUCCAGCCUCACUUGAAUUACUCAGAUCUUUCUGGAGGUCAAAUACAAGUUUUUAAACCUAAGACAAAGUGCAGCAGGUGUCACUGGGUGACGGGGAACAAAAGUAUGUCUUUCCUGGUUAAUGUUUAACUCUCGUAAUGAUAUUGAAACACACCGAAGGUGCCAUUCCCUCACAUCAGAUAAAGUUUCACUCUUUUUCUCCCGCAUAGAAAUCCAGCCUUGCUCAUCCACGUCCAGGGUUGUUAACUAGGAAUGCUGUUACCUGUCAAAAAUAUAUACGUGCCUGCUCCUUGGCCACCCAGAAAUCUACUCCAAUUUAGGGAUUCAUUGUGAUUUUUUGUUUGUUUGUUUUGG